UUUCUCUCUCAUCAUUUCUCUCUCUCCCCCCUUCUCUCUGUUCACAAGAACCAGACCCAAAAUUAGGGUUCGGGUUAAGUUUUUCCUGAACCAAAACCCACUCCUGCGCUGCGUCAACUUGAGAGAGACGACUUGCUCUGUAAACAAAAACUUGAGAGAGACGAAAGUUAAGCGUUUUCAAUAGGACUUUUUAUUGGAUCCUGUUGCGGUUUCAAUAAUGGUUGGCUGUUCUGCUGUGAUCAAAUGGUACCAUCUUCGCAAACCUUUAAAGCUGUUGAUUCUCUUCUGGGUCAUUGUUACAGCUGAAAGCUUCGUCUUUUCGAGCUCCGAUGCAGACAAAUCAGCUCUCUUGGAGUUCAAGAGCUCAAUCUCAGAUUCGUCUGGAAUGCUAUUGAACUGGAAUUCGAGUAAUUCUUAUCAUUGUUCAUGGAUGGGAGUUUCAUGUGAUUCCAACUCUCGGGUUGUGGCUCUGAAUAUUACCGGUGGAGGUAAUUCUGGUUCUUUAUCUUGUGAUAAGUUUGCUAAAUUUCCACUAUAUGGGUUUGGAAUUAGAAGAGCUUGUUGGGAUAAUAGAAGAAAAUUGGUGGGUAAGCUUUCCCCGUCAAUUGCAAAGCUUAAAGAACUUAGGGUUUUGUCUCUUCCAUUCAAUGAAUUGAAUGGUGAAAUUCCUGUGGAAAUUUGGGGCAUGGAAAAGUUGGAAGUUCUUGAUCUGGAAGGGAAUUCAAUUAGUGGGUCUUUGCCAAUUCGUUUCGCUGGUCUGAGGAACUUACGGGUUCUUGAUUUGGGCUUUAAUGAGAUUGUUGGGGAGAUUCCGAAUUCAUUAUCUGACUGUAUGGGCCUGCAAGUCUUGAAUUUGGCUGGGAAUCGGGUGAAUGGGACAAUUCCAAAGUUUGUUGCUGGUUUUAGAGAUUUGAGGGGCCUUUAUUUGUCGUUUAAUCGAUUUGCAGGGUCAAUUCCGAAUGAAAUCGGGGACAAUUGUGGGAAACUUGAGCAUUUAGAACUCGCUGGCAAUUUCUUGCUUGAAAGGAUUCCGAGUAGUUUGGGGAAUUGUAGCAGGUUACGGUCGCUUCUUUUGUAUUCUAAUAUCCUUGAAGAGGUUAUUCCCGUUGAACUUGGUCAGUUGAGCCAACUUGAAGUGUUGGAUGUGUCAAGGAACACCCUCAGUGGUCCGAUACCUCUUGAGCUGGGAAAUUGUUCUGCAUUAUCUGUUCUUGUGCUGUCGAAUGUGUUGGAUCCUCUUCCUGCUAUUGGUAGUUCAAACGCAGAUCCUUCAUCUGAGCAAUUGACAUAUACUACGGAAGAAUAUAAUUUCUUUGAAGGCGGAUUGCCUACGGAAAUUACUACACUCUCCAAACUUAAGAUAUUGUGGGUGCCAAGGGCAAUUCUGGAUGGAAAGUUUCCAAGCAAUUGGGGUGCUUGUGACAGUUUGGAGAUGGUUAAUUUAGCUCAGAAUUCUUUCAAUGGAGAAAUCACUGAGGGGUUUAAUAAUUGCAAGAGGCUGCAUUUCCUUGAUCUGAGCCUGAACAGGCUGACCGGGGAGCUUGUCAACAAACUUCCAGUUCCUUGUAUGACUUUGUUUGAUGUCAAUGGUAAUCUUCUCUCAGGUUCAAUUCCCAUGUUUGAUUAUGGCAUUUGCCCUCACAUGCCAUCAUUAAAUGCAUAUGCUGUUGAAGCCCAAGAUCCCUCAUCGGUCUAUCUGCCAUUUUUGGCGUACUUAACUCAGGUUGAGUCCCCUUUGCCAUCAUUUGGAGAUGGUGGUAAUCUUGCCAUAACUCAUAAUUUUGGUGAUAACAACUUUACUGGUGCUUUGGGGUCAAUCCCUAUUGCACCUGAAAGAUUAGGGGAGCAGACUAUUUAUGCAUUUCUUGCAGGUUGUAACAAGUUUACUGGAUUAUUUCCUGAACAGUUAUUUGACAAGUGUGACAAAUUGAAAGCAAUGAUUGUUAAUGUCAGCAGCAACAAAUUAUCUGGUCACAUUCCCAUGGAAAUUGGUUCCCUUUGCAGAUCUCUCAAACUUUUGGAUGCCUCUCGCAAUCAGAUUUCUGGAACCAUUCCUGAUAGUAUUGGGGAUUUGGUGUCUCUUGUUGCUCUUAAUUUUAGUUGGAACCUGGUGCAAGGUGUGAUUCCAAGCAAUCUUGGCAAGAUAAAGGGUCUUAAGUAUCUUUCUUUAGCUGGCAAUAACCUGACUGGCUCCAUUCCUACAAGCUUGGGGCAGUUGCACUCUUUAGAAGUGCUUGAACUUUCUUCAAACUCUUUCUCUGGUGGUAUUCCAAAAGAUCUUGUGAACUUGAGGAACAUGACUGCUCUACACCUCAACAACAAUAAACUCUCGGGGCAGAUUCCUACUGGUUUUGCAAGUUUGACCACACUCUCGGGAUUCAAUCUGUCCUUCAAUAAUUUGUCUGGACCACUACCAUUGAAUAGUAAUUUGACGAAAUGUAGUGGUGUCCUUGGAAAUCCUUUUCUGCAGUCUUGUCAUAUGUUUUCUUUGGCAUCAACAUCUUCGGAUCCGCAGGGGAGUAUGGGGGAUUCACAGAAUUCCGCUGCUUCUCCAUCAACAAGUCCAAACCAGAAAAGUGGGAAUAGUGGUUUCAAUUCAAUUGAGAUUGCGUCCAUAGCAUCUGCAUCAGCCAUUGUGUCGGUUCUUCUUGCCCUCGUUGUCCUCUUCUUCUACACCAGAAAAUGGAAUCCGAGAUCCAGAGUUCAGGGUUCUGUCAGAAAGGAAGUUACAGUAUUCACCGACAUUGGGGUUCCAUUGACAUUUGAGAAUGUAGUUCGGGCCACAGGAAGCUUCAAUGCAAGCAAUUGCAUUGGAAAUGGAGGUUUUGGAACUACGUACAAGGCUGAGAUUUCUCCAGGAGUGUUGGUAGCAAUAAAGCGGCUUGCUGUUGGACGAUUCCAAGGGGUUCAGCAGUUCGAUGCUGAAUUAAAAACUUUGGGGAGGCUUCACCAUCCUAAUCUUGUGACCUUGAUAGGUUAUCAUGCGAGUGAAACUGAGAUGUUUCUUAUAUAUAAUUAUCUGCCAGGUGGUAAUUUGGAAAAAUUUAUCCAGGAAAGAUGCACAAGGGCUGUGGAUUGGAGGAUACUCCACAAGAUUGCAUUGGAUAUAGCCCGUGCACUUGCCUAUUUACAUGACCAGUGUGUACCCCGUGUUCUUCAUCGUGAUGUCAAGCCCAGUAAUAUAUUGUUGGAUGAUGAGUACAACGCAUAUUUGUCGGACUUUGGAUUGGCCAGGCUCCUGGGAACUUCAGAAACCCAUGCCACGACGGGUGUGGCAGGAACGUUUGGGUAUGUUGCUCCUGAAUAUGCGAUGACAUGUCGUGUUUCUGACAAAGCUGAUGUCUAUAGUUAUGGGGUGGUGCUGCUUGAAUUAAUCUCAGACAAGAAGGCACUGGAUCCUUCAUUUUCUCCUUAUGGCAAUGGUUUUAACAUUGUGACAUGGGCAUGCAUGCUGCUGCGACAAGGCCGUGCCAAGGAGUUCUUCACUGAGGGGUUGUGGGAUGCAGGUCCCCAUGAUGAUCUAGUCGAAGUUCUACACUUGGCGGUUGUGUGCACCGUUGAUUCUCUCUCUACCAGGCCUACAAUGAAGCAAGUUGCGAGACGGUUGAAGCAACUUCAACCCCCAUCAUGCUAGCUUUCCUAUGGAAGGCAUCAAUUGAUUGACAUAGCAGAGUGUAGACGGCAAGCCCAGUUGUAAUUUGUGUGGCCUCGCACUUUUAUGGCACAAGUGCUCUUGGGUGUCAGUCCGAGUGGCCGUUAGGAUUCGGGUCUAUAUUAUAGCUGCUUGUAAAUGGUAGUAUAGUUUUGCGCCCUUUUUUCGCUGUUGUUUUCCCUAUUAGGGGGCCUCACUGAUGGAUCUGCAGAAGAAUGCAGAUAUUUGUCCUCGACGUUGUAUACUUGUUUCUCAUCCCUAUUUGUUGUUGUUGUUGUUGUUGAAUAAAAGCAAAGAAUAGAAGUGUUUCUGAGAAGCUAGUCUUAAGUGC